AUGAUCAAAAAAGGUUCAAAAGUUAGAGUUUUAAGAAAAGAGUCAUAUUGGUACAAAGAUACAGGUACUGUGAUGAAAGUAAAUAAAGAUAUUAAAUAUCCUGUUGUUGUUAGAUUUAUUAAAGAAACCUAUAGUGGAGUUAAUAGUAAUAAUUUUGCUGAAACUGAGUUGAUAUUAGUUAACUAA